AUGAGCAAUAAAAAUGUGGUAGACGUGUUUCCAAGUACAAGCGAAAUCAUACAAAAUGAUUCAUCAAUGUUUUCGAGUUGUGAAGUUUGCGGAAAACAAUUUCAAAACACAUCGGCUUGUCGAUUGCAUCGAGUAAAGGUUCAUAAAUUGUUUGAUAAAAAUAAUGUGGCAGAUUCAAGGAUUCAUGAUCGAUCAGAAGGAGAAUGUGAGGAAAAUAUAAUGAAAUAGGAUGAUAUUUCGAAUUUUUCAGCAAUAACAUAUUUAUAUCACUGCCCGAAUAAUGUUUGCUUGACGAAAAAAUCGGCGUUCGAUGGGAUGAGGAAUUUGAAACAACAUUAUUGGAGGGUAAAUUGAGAAUAAAAAAAUUGGAAUUUGAAAAUUAAAAUUUUCUAGGCUCAUAUGGAGAAACGAUUUUCGUGCUCGUGUGGAUUUCGAUCAGCGCUAGAGAAAGAUGUGAAAUAUCAUAUGAAAUCAAGGUGUCGAUUGAGAAGUUCGCAAGGUAAGUGA